AUGCCGUUCCGUCCACAUACAGACCCAGAAGAUAAGAAACAUAUUACUAAUGCUAAGAUGUAUUGCCGGGAUAGAUUUGGAAAGCAUGUUGGGAGAGGAGAACCAAUGGAGUGCGAUAAUCUAACCAAUACGAAAACAUACAAUCCUUUAAAAGAAACUCAAAGUAAAAUACAACUUCCCAUCUAUUCGUCUCGUUCCGAAGAUCCACAAUACACCGAUGAAGAAGAUUGCACUUAUAUCGGGAAAUUUGAGGUAGAUUUGUCAGAUGUAACUGGUCCUGAUCGGGAAGUCGAGAUCGUGAUGAAAUUUGGAGGGGCAGAUAUUACUGUUGAAGCAACCGUAAAGUCAACUGGACAAACAAUCGAUGCACGUUACGUCUUAAGGGUUUGA